AUGACAAAUACAACACAACCUCUCUGUAAAUUUACAACUAAUUAUGUUUUCAUAUUUGCAUACUCCCUAGUCUUUCUCAUCAGUCUGGUGCUGAACUGUAUCACGAUGCGUGUGUAUUUUUGCACUAAUCUGCGUGCCCAGUCCAGCAUCACGGUUUACAUGAAGAACCUGGCUGUAGCUGACUUCUUUAUUUGCCUUGGUUUACUUUUGCGCAUUGUGUCCUCUGCCAAUAAUUCAGACAUAAUGUUCAAAAUUUACUGCAGCUUUACAGGAGCAACCUUGUAUUCAAGCAUUCUCUUCAUGGACGCCAUUGCUGUAAACAGGUACCUGAAGAUUGUCCAGCCAUUGGAGAGUACUGGACUACAGACAGUUUGUAUCGCUCGCCACAUUUCUGCAGCAAUUUGGCUCUUCAUGUUAGCCUUAUCUUCCAUCUACUUGAUCCUCAUUCCUCAGAACUCCUGGGGUCUCGAUCAAAAGCUGGAUGAAUUAAGCUGUGGAUCCCAACACAGUCUCAAGUUAAGUUUGGCCAACAAAAUCAUCAGAUGUGUGUGCUUUUUGAUCUUCAUUUUUGUCCUGGUGUCCCUGAUUCCUUUAUACUGGAAGAUUCUUCAAAAGCUAAGACAAGUUCAACUCUCUACACAGACCACAUUCAAUAGCCAAACAUUCAGAAAUUCAAAGCGCAACAUGCUAGUGCUAAUAGUCAUUUUCUGCGUGUGCUUUGUGCCCUUUCAUCUGGUGUAUCUGCCUGCCAUGUUCAUCCAACCCCUGCUGCAUGACUGUUCAGCACUCCAUGUGUUACACAUUCUGAAGGAGUUGUCCACCCUGUUUGCGGGACUAAAUGCCUCCUUGGAUCCACUUAUUUACUUCUUGUUUUCCAGGGCAUUCAGAGCCCAUUUUAAUUUUACCAGUUGCCAAGACUGUCCAUGAAUGAGGGCUAAAUAGUUUUUUGUGCAUUUGUGAUGUUCUUCCCUUUUUUGUUGCUAUUUCCAGAACAUGAGGAUCUUUGUUGAAAUAUUAUGGCUGCUACAGUAUAACUAAAACACUGAUAAUAACGUGUAAAUAUGGUUUAAAAAACAAAACUACUGGGCUACACACACAACUAAACUUAGCAAAGAUUGUAUACAGAAUCAGGAAAGUGAAGAAAGAGAUUAGAAGAAAAGAGAAUGGCAAGAUUAUAACCAGUUAAACACAACCUACGAGAAACAUCAGAGAAUCAGGGUCACCUUAAAGGGGCACAAUAACUUAGAAACGCAUCUAAAGGCUGCAAACGGGUACUUGCAUUGGUUUUGGUUGCUGAACAAGUCCAGAUGCAGGAUAUUCUUGAGAUUCUUGAUGAUUUUUCCAGGAGUGUGCUGAGGCGUUCGUUUGGGUUCUUGAGGUGGUCCACGUUGAAUGCAAAGGGUGAGCAGCCUCGUCUCGUGUGUGUUCCGUCUGAGCGUCACGUGGUUGGCAGAUGGGUCCGGAGCGUGCGCUUUCAAACAAAGGUUUAAAGGUCUCGGACGUAAAUUACCAAAUAAAAAAUUCAGGUUAGCUGAUGAAGAACUAUAAAAGAUCCUUUUAAUACUCAUAUGUUGUGGUUAUCGACAUCAUUUACACAGUCAUUUCGAUCUUCAAAGUACCAGGUUAUGAAGACCAAAUAUGUCAUUUUUAUUUUAACUUACUUUUACAGGUCUUUGAGACUAUUUACAGUUAUUUGUUUAUCACAGGAUUCGAGAUAUCUAAAUGGUGUAGAAGUUAAUCUGUUUUGGAUAAACCUAGACGUGCUUAGAGCCACUCACUGGACAAGCCAUGAAAAGUGUAAGAAGCAACAGAAUGGGCUCUAUUUUGCACCCGGCGCAAAUGACUUUAUUCACUGACGAAUUUAUCAUUCCU